AUGGGCCAGGAGCAGCUGCGCUUGAAGCAGGAUGUGGUUACAAGGUGGAAUUCCACAUUUUAUAUGGUGAAAAGGUUCAUUGAUGUAAAGGAUCCAGUCAUCUCCACCCUGGCACUUAUCAAUGCACCCCUAUCCACACUGUCCACAGAGGAAUGGGAAAUUGCUCAGGAAACAGCGGACAUCCUCAAACCUUUUGAGGAGGUCACCGUUGAAGUGAGCGCUGAGAGGUUUGUGACUGCCUCCAAAGUGAUUCUGAUGGCAAGAGGUCUUCAGAGGAUUGUUGCUCGCCAUCAAAGAAGCCCGUCAGUCCAUGAACCUAUUAAAAAACUGGUGGACAGCCUGAUGUCUGAAAUGCAGAAGAGGUUCAGCAAGGUGGAGCAUAUUGAGAAGCUUGCUGAUGCAACUUGUUUGGACCCAAGGUUCAAAAAGCAAGCUUUUGUUAACAGCAAGGCUGCAGAGGACACUGUGAAGAGAAUCACAGCUGCUGCAGCACACAACCACCCCAGUCACAGUGAGGAGGAGGAGUCUCAAAAUCCCUCUGUGGCUGCCAGCACAGGGGCCAUGUUUUGGGAAGACUUCGAUGAGAGGGUUGCAAGCACCAGGGCUUCCACUUCCUCAGAUUCUGCCACAUCGAGCACCUCAACUGCUGCCAUGAUGGAGAUGCGGGCCUACUUGGCAGAGCCACUCCUAUCCCCCUCAUCAGAUCCUCUGGCAUGGUGGAGGAUGUGCUCGCCCGUAUUCAAAACUCUGUGUGAGGUGAUGAAAACUAGACUGUGCAUUGUGGCCACAUCUGUGCCCUCUGAGAGAGUUUUCUCAAAGACUGGGCAGAUAAUCACAGACAGACGGAACAGGCUCAGCCCCUCCAAGGUCCGCCAGCUUGUGUUUCUAAAUGCCAACUUGUGUUUCUAA